UAGCACUAGUUCAGCUCGGAGCGAAACCUAUCGACGUGAAAGUGAAUAGCAUUUUUUAUUUUUUCCCAUUAAUUUGCAUUUUUUGCAAGCAAUUUAUGGCCAAAAAAUCAAUCGAGUGCAAAGUGUAUUAAGUGCCACGUGCGUGUGACAAUCUAAAGGUGGUGCUCAAAGCUGAAACCUACACCUAGAUUGCAAAUAUUCGGAGACGCAACACAGCUGGCCAACAAAAACAACAACAACGGCAACAUUGAGAGUAGCAGCAUCGUUUUGUUGUUAUUAUUUGUUGUAUUUGUGGCUGGGCCUACGUGAUUAAAAUUGCCCAGAGAUAUUAUAGUAUAGUCGAAGAGUCCAAAUAGCGAAACGAGGUCUGGCGAAAUGGCCUAAAAGAGACAAGCAAUCGACGCGGCUUUUUCUGCGAUUAAUUGUUGUUGUCGAGAGAAUUUUCUUGCUAUUCUCACGUUGCCAAGGUUAAACUGGCGUCGUUGCCAAUAUAUAUGCAGUAUAUAGAAUGAUGUGAGCAGGGAAAGAACGGGACAUGCAGAAGCCACAAUCACGUUGUGCCAUUUGUGGCACGCCACAGCAGCUGUUGCGCUGCGCCAAGUGCAAAAGCGUUUACUAUUGCUCUAUAGCGCAUCAGCACCUAGAUUGGCCCACACAUCGCAAUGAUUGCCGUCUCCUGGCGCGACACAAACAGUUGAACAACAACAACAAUAGUGGCAACAACAAGAUACAGCAGCUGCAACAGGCGGCAGCCACAACACUGGAUGUCAGUGGCGCCAACUGUUCGACGGCACAGAUGAUGACGCCCGCUGCUCAAGCUCAGAGCUGGCCAAAUGAGCUGGACGAGCUAUUCAAUUACUUUGGUCAGCCCACAUUGGCAACGAAUGUUGCGCAAACUUCGAGCGAUAGUCAGCUGCAACAACAACCGCAGCGGCCACAUCAUGAGCAACAUCCGCAUCACAAUCCCAGUCAUCAUAGUCACAAUGGCGAGAGGAGCUCCAGCUAUCAGAUUGGAAUCACGGAUGCCAGUUUCAUGGGCAGCGGCAGUGAACGUCGCUAUGAGGACUUAUGCCGGAAUAUCAUCAACGACAUGAACCAGUAUGGACUCUCAGUGGUGGACGAUUUUCUGGGUAUGGAGAAGGGUCUGAAGAUCCUUAACGAGGUGCGCAGUAUGUACAAUGCUGGCGCCUUCAAAGAUGGCAUGUUGGCGAAUAUGAAAAGCGAUGUGCAAUCGUCGACACCGCGCGGCGAUAAGAUUCGGGGUGAUAAAAUAACUUGGGUCGGCGGCAAUGAGCCUGGUUGCAGUAAUGUCUGGUAUUUGACCAAUCAGAUUGAUUCUGUCGUGUAUCGAGUGAAUACCAUGAAGGACAAUGGCAUCCUGGGCAACUAUCACAUUCGAGAGAGAACGAGAGCUAUGGUUGCAUGUUAUCCCGGCUCUGGCACACAUUAUGUGAUGCAUGUGGAUAAUCCUAACAAGGAUGGACGAGUCAUUACAGCCAUUUACUACCUGAAUAUUGACUGGGAUGCCAAAGAAAGUGGUGGAAUACUGCGCAUACGUCCAACGCCUGGCACAACUGUGGCUGACAUUGAGCCCAAGUUCGAUCGCCUGAUAUUCUUCUGGUCGGACAUCCGCAAUCCCCAUGAAGUUCAGCCAGCUCAUCGCACCCGCUACGCCAUUACCGUAUGGUACUUUGAUGCCAAGGAGCGUGAGGAGGCACUGAAGAAUGCCAAAUUGAAGAGCAGCCAGACGAACAAUGCUAGCGCGAUAACGCAGCAGGCGGAACCCGAUUCUACCACCACUCCACAAGCUGCAACACCACCAAUAGUUGCUGCUGCCACCUCCAGCUCCAGCUCCACUAUCAGCUCCAUCCCCGCCGCAUCAGCAGUGCCCACGGCAAAUAAAGCCCUGACACCCGCCAGCAUGAAUACGGGCAGCGGAGCCCUCAACGCAAAUGUCGCGAAUAGCUCCUGUGCGGCUAGCAAUGAGAUUUGCACGUAGCCUGUUGGCUUUGUCAGCUAACUGGCUUCCUUCUGUAUAUAUCUAGAGUCUAGACUAUGGGCAGAACGAUGCUGGACAACCAAAAAAAAGUGUGCAUUUUAUCAACACGCACCCAUUGUAAAAAAUACUAGUUAAAAACUAUUUAUACCUAAUUGUUAAGUAAGCUACAAAUAUGUGAAGUGUAGUCAGGAAAGAUUUAACGAGACGAACAACCUUUUGUUUUGUUGCUUGUUUUGCCUCAAGGAAAAGAAUGGAAACUACACUCGUCUGACCUAUAUAAAUGUGAAUCAAAGCUCCUUUAGUCAUAAAAAGUCUCUAGUUGUAGGUACUAAGUCGUAUGUUUAGUUAUUUUUGCAUUAACCCUUAGCUAACUGCCUUAUCAGCGUCAUGUUGAUUGUUAUUUUUUAUUAAUCAUUUUCUUGUAAUUCGAGUUGUAUAAACAGUACAUAAUCAGGAUUUAGUUUCAGCUGCCAAAGUAUUAUAGCUAAAACGCAGCAUCAACAAGACCAACAAAUUUUAUUGCUUGAUUUUUUAUCUCAAUUUUUGUAAUACUGAAUUUGGUUGUCUUGUAUUUUAGUCCACCCCGCUCCCAUUAAUGGAAAAAUAACAAGAAACUGUAUCAAAAAAUCUCUUUAAUAAGCCUCA